AUGCUGCGCCUGCUGCCAUGGCUCCGUGCUCUGACCCGAGAGAGCGUGCGGCCCGGAGCCCUGCAGGGCCUGGCUGCUGGUGACAGGAGCGGGGCCGGGAUGUAUCCCACCUGCUACUGUGCUGGCAAAGCGAAGCAGCGGGCUGUGCUGCUCCCCCUGGACCCCUACGGCCAUGGGCUGCUGCACACCUUCCCCCCGGACGCCUACAGGACUCGAGGCCAUGGCAAGAGGAAGAGCUGGAACUUCAUCCACGAGAAGAUGAGUUAUGACACCUUCUUCACAAUGAAGCGUCUGAUAGAGCGCUCGCGCAGCGUGGGGGAGGUGCUGCGGUGGGUCACGCAGAACCCCAGCAAGGUGUCCGGCGGGCCUGGCCAGAUGCUGGAGCAGCCGGAGUUUCAGACUCUCUGUCAGGCCAUCAUCAGCGGCUGCUCCAAGUUCGAUAACUUCAGCAUCGUCAACUGCCUGUACGCCGCUGCCGCGCUGGGCCUGCCUGGGGAAUCGCCGCUGGUGCGAGUGCUGGAGGACGAGUCCCGGAGCCGCCUGGGCCGCUUCAACCAGAAGGACGUCUCCAUGGUCUUCAGCAGCGUGAUGAGGCUCCACCCGUCCAGCCCCCACCCCCUGGUCGAGUCUUGCCUCAGCAGUUUGGAGCGGCACCUGGAGAAGGAGCGGCACCCCCAGACCCUCUUCCUGCUCCUCUCCUACUACCGGCUGCGGGCGCAGGCGCUGCAGGGACACCCGGCCUCCGACCAGCAGCUGAUCAACAACCGCAAGAUCCUGCGCCUCGUCAGGCACACGCUGGGGCAAGUGAGUGCCAUGCGGGAGCACGAGCUGGCCCUCUUGGACGAGAUGCUGGCUCUGUGCGCCCAGGAGGCAAACAACAAGGCCCUGGAGGCCAUCUUCAGCUCUCAGCUCUUCUACGAGAACCGCCAAGAGCGAUUCAUCCGCAGUAUGGCAGAAUGGCUCCCCAGGAAGGCAGAGAACCUUACCCCCUACACCAUGGCCCUCAUUGCCAAGUACGUGGCCCGGCACCGGCUGCGUGAGCCACGGCUGCUUGAUACCAUCGCAAACUUUCUCCUGAAGCGUGGGGAGCAGCUCGACAGCAAGGUGAUCCAGAAGCUGGUGUUUCCCUUCAGCCGCAUGAAUUACCGCCCAUCCAACCACAGCGAGCUCUUCCCCAAGCUGGAGGCCAUCCUGGAGCAGAAAGCUGGCAGCUCACCCCUGGCGACUGUCAACAUCCUCAUGUCCAUGUUUCAGCUUAGCCACUUCCCCCAGACUGUCCUGCACCAAGUCUUCUCUCCGGCCUUCAUCACCAAUGUUAUGAGCAGCCCCUACGCGCUGAUCGUGCGCCGCUACCUCUCGCUGCUGGACGCAGCGGUGGAGCUGGAGUUCCGCGAUUACAGUGGCCCGCGCCUUGACCCGCGCUACCGCGUCCUCAUGUUCGAGCACGCCCUGACGGCCGACGAGGCCAACAGAAAGUACAGUUACAAGGGGCUGGUGGCCGAGGCCCUGCGGCAGCUGGUGGGAGAAGAGUGCUAUCGGCAGGACGAGGUGCUGCCCCCAGGAUACUGCACAGACUUCCUGCUGUGGAUUAACCGCUCGGGCACCGUGCUGCCUCUCUCCCGUGUCCCUGCGGCUUCCAAGGCUCCCUCUGCUCACACUACAACAUCCCCUGCCGCCAUUUCCUUGCGCUCGAGCGUCCUGGCCCUCACCUCGGACUUGCAGGACUUUGCUCCAUUUGCUCCAGAGACACCAAGCAGCCCCCCGGGCUCCCGGGAGAGCAACCUGGCCGGGCGGUUCCUACCCACGCUUUGCCCCGCCCCGGGGGGCCCCUGCUACCAGCCCCCCUCGGACUAUUACUGCGGCCUGAGCAAAGAGUCUUCCCUGGAGAGCCAGGGCAGCUCCACGUUAAGCAGCCCUUCCGAGUGCCUCUCCGCGCAGCCGGCUGGCACCCCCGACUGCUCGCCCAGGGGCACCUCCGCAGCCACCCUCUUCCAGUUCCCCAUCGGCAAGAUUCUGGAGGAGGAGGAGGAGGCUACGGCCGGUUGCCCUGGGCACGAUCACAACUGCUUCCAGGGGGAGCAGGCCCAGGAGGAACCGGAGGAAAGGAGCCCACCCACCAGCGAGGACGCCUGCCCUCCGCCCUCUCCGUGCCGGCCCAGCCCCAAGCGAGGGCCAGGCGAUGGGCCGCAGGGAGCUGAAGACAUUCAGAGGGUGGUGCUGUCGGUCAAUGACAAAUGGCAUUACUGCCAGAACUCCGACAUACUGGUGGGCUCGCGAGCCAUGAGGGACAGGCACUUGCGACUGCUGGGCUACUGUCUGGUUCAGCUGCCCUACACGGAGCUGGAGAAGGUGAGUGGCAUCGAGGAGGCCAAGCACUACCUGCGGCAGAAGCUGAGGGAGCUGUGCUUCUGA